AUGGUAAGUGAACAAUGCCACAAUUUGGUCUCAGGAAUCUACAAAACUUCAUGUAAGACUGGAGAAGGUUUAGAAGAAAUGUUUACGGAUAUAGGGUCUCAGUUAGUCAGUAUGAAUAGGUCCAGAUUAGAACUUCAGUCUAUUGAACAACACGGUUUCAAGAUAAUACCGUACGAGGAAGAACCAGAAGAAACUAACUGUAUCUGUUGAUAUAUAUGAACUUAAAUUGAACGGUCAAGACUGGUUUCACAUGUUUAACCUCUGUCAUAUUGUAACAGCUUUUAAC